AUGGAGCCGCCCCAGGGGCAGAUCGCAGUAAGCCAGCCCUGGGACCAGCAAAAGGCAGGUGUUUGUGCCCCAGCAGCAGGCCAGAUAAGCGAGCAGGCUGGGUGCCGCCGGCCGCACGCGCCAAUCGCGCUAUGGGCUCGGACGUCUGGGUCGGCUCUUGGCGGCCACACCGACCCCGCGGCCCCAUCGCAGCGCAGUCCAGAGGGCCGGGGCCCAAGUACAAGCUGCCGCCUAACACCGCUGCAGGUGUGCAGCCCAGGGCCCGGCCACCUGGUACCAGCCCGCAUGACCGUGCGCGGCCCCGACGGCUCCCCCUCGUACUCCAUCUCCGGCCGCCCGCGCGACGCUGCGCUCUUCCUCACUCCCGGACCCGGCAGGUACUUCCCGGAGCGAGCAGCGAACGUGGCGUACCCCAGCGCGCCUCGGCACACCAUCGCGGCCCGAAACUGGGGCGUCCAAGCGGAGCAGCAGACCCCAGGCCCCGGGACCUACACGGUGCCCUCGCUCUUGGGUUCCCGCGCCAUCUACAAAGCCUCUGCCCCGACUUACUCCAUCCACGGCCGGAGCGCGGUGGGCGCCUUCUUCGAGGACCUCAGCAAGAGCCCGGGCCCCUGCGCCUACCAUGUGGUGAGCCCCGGGGUCUACAAGACCCGAGCCCCCCAGUUCACGAUGCUGGCGCGGACCUCACUCCCCGAAGACAACAGCCUGAAGCCCGGGCCCGCGGCCUACAACGUGGACAAGCACCGGAAGCCCCAGGGCUGGAGCUUCGGGAUCCGGCAUUCGGACUACCUAGCUCCGCUGGUGACCCACGUGGAUGACUGA